GCAGUUCGAAGCGAGACGCCGACACGACGUACGACGAGUAUUUUCGUCCUCGUUCCCGCGUUUCGCACCGCGACUCGAGUCACCGUCAUCGCCGUCGUUUGCAGUUUGUCGUUUGCACCGUUCUCCACCUUCUCACAUUUCGCGUUGCAAAACGCGCCAGCGCUCUUCUCCGCGGGCUCUCCUCGGCGAAGAUCGCAUGGUCGUCACUGGCGAUCCAAGUCCCGGCUUCGGAGAACGUGCGGAGACCCGUUGCUGAUGUGGAGGUGCGCGUAACAGGUCCUCGCGCGUAUCCUUUCGCGUGGUGGCGACCGGCGCACCGGCCUCCAGCAACGGCGUUUCAGCGUCCACUCCGUCGACCACGUGACCGGAACGGCCGAAGGUCCUCCGCGACCGCGAAAGGUCCGCGCGCUUGAAAAGAGAGAGAGAAGCCCUCUCGCGACUCUGGCCGGGGUUCGCGCUGAAAACUGCACGUGACAACUGUCAUGAUCGUUGAUGAUCGUCAACGUCAAUCGCCGCCGCGUCUGCAGCUACGCCCGAAGGAUGAGUGACGAUGCGCUCCUCCUGACCUCGAGGAGCACCGGCGAGGACCAGGACGAGUGGUGACCCCCCCCCGAGAUGACGUGACGCAUCGCGGCCGAGAGGAAUGCCGGCGCGCUGACGCGGAUCCGCUCCUCUUCCACGGCGAAUCUCGUCGACGAGAUGCGACCCGGGCAUCGGGACGCCGUCCGGACGGAUUCGAACGGUUGGCGCCCGAUCAGGUUCUGACGAGCGUCGCACGAUCACGGCCGACGCGUCUCACCGUGUUUCUCAUUCAGUGUUCACGUCGGGGACGCAGUUGAACGUGGCGAGCGCAGUAGUCGGCGGCGGCGAUCACGUCGCGCUCACCGGGUGAGCCAGGAACAACAACGAUGUUACGCAGUCCCUCGGCGAGAUGCGCCAAGCGCGUCUUCGUCUUCCUGUUCGCUUGGGGCCUGCUGAUGAUCGCGGCGGUGCAGUUCCGCCACCUGGAAAACAGGGCGCUGCGGGACAGUAUACCCACAGCCGAGGAGGGCGUCGGCAACCUGGCGGAGAUUGCCGACGGCACCGGCAACGAACGCGGCGCCGCGAGCCGCUCCUCGGGCCUGGCUCUGACCCGCUACUUGUUGCAGAGAUCACUCGGCGAGUCCGGUGGUGCCGCCAAUUCCGCGGGCAACGGCGCUUUCUCGACCACCCUGACUACGAUCAGGAACCGUCUGGAGGCGACCAAGAGCCCCCUCGAGCUGGAGCCGUUGCUAGACAAGAGACCAGCCAAGACUGAGCAGCAGUUGAUCGAGGAGAUCGCCGAGAGGAUACCCAGCCUGCCAUUAAGCGACUGGACCAAGAACAACAGACAGAGCCAGAAGAAAGGCAACGACAGCUGCGCGAAGUACCCGCAGAUCUACGAUCUGGAGUUCAAUAAUAUCUACUGGCAGACGCUGCGCACCAGCAACGGCACGUUUCAGUUUUUCGGAGCGUUCUAUGACAACCGGCGGCUGUCGAAGAUCGGGCCAGCGGUGAGAAUCGUCGGGAUGAUCGAUCGGAUCGAGCCGACCGUCAAGACGUACUGCCAGUUGUGGUACGACGGCGAGCGGGAGCCCAAGAUCGUCGAGACGCUCGAGUACAAGUACAUCUGGUACGCCAAGUGGGGCAACUACAAGCAGGGUAUCUAUCAACCGUACGUGAUAGCGUGCAGAGUGCCGCCGCAGGCAUCGGGCAGGCCGCCCUCGUCCGUCUCGAUGGUCGAGAAGCGUUGCGACACGGCCAGCAAUAAUCUGCGGGUGAUCUACAACAAGCCCGAGCGGAAGAAGGACUUCGCCGUGUGCGUGAAGGGUCUGGACUUUCUGCACGAGGACCUGUCGGUACGGCUGAUCGAGUGGAUCGAGCUGAUCAGCCUGUUGGGCGCCGACAAGAUCUACUUCUACGAGCUGCAGGUGCAUCCAAACGUGACCAAGGUGUUGCAGCAUUAUCAGAGCCUGGGUAUGGUACACGUGACUCCGUUGACCCUGCCGGGCGGCCAGCCGAACGUGCCGGCCUUCCAGCACAUGUACCUCACGAAGAAAACCAACCACAAGCGGCAGAACGAGCUGAUACCGUACAACGAUUGCCUGUACAAGCACAUGUACGAGUACAAGUACAUCGCGCUGUUGGACGUCGACGAGGUGAUCAUGCCCGUGAACGACGCGACCUGGCAGGACCUGAUGCGCCGAGUGCUGCCGAAGGCGCUAAAAAUACGGAACGAGACUCGCGCCUCGUACAACGUCAGGAACGUCUACUUCCUCGACGACCUACUGCACUCUCAUGGUUACUUCAAGGACAUACCCAAGUACAUGCACAUGCUGCAGCACGUGUACCGCUCGAAGAACUUCACGAAGCCGAACCAGUACAUCAAGUGCUUCCACAAUCCGGAACGGGUGGUCACCCUGCACAACCACUUCCCGCUGGCGUGCCUGGGCGCCGGAUGCACCAGCUACCCCAUUGAGACCGAGGACGCGCAGCUGCAGCAUUACCGGGCCGACUGCGUCAAGUCGCUGAAGAAGACGUGCGAACAGUACCGGGGCAAUAGUGUGGUGGACACGACGAUAUGGCGUUACAAGGACAAACUGAUCGACAGGGUCACCAGCACGCUGAAUACACUCGGCUUCUUCGGCCCGAGAUAGCGACGACGAGCAAUCUCUUCUCCAUCACUCCUUGCUGUUCGUUCUAGCCUCUCCUUCCCUACUCCUCCUCCUCCUCAUCCUCCUCCUCCUCCUCCUCCUCCUCCCCCUCCUCGUGUUCCCCAAGUUCCAAUCGAUUUUCGAGCGGUUUAGUAAAAGGGGUUUGCGCGCGAGCUCGUGAAUCCAGUCUCGAGAGGUGACCGCCGCUGGAAACUCGAUCGGAGAUUUAAUCGGGGAGACACAUUCUAGAUAUCGAUGUAAACGGUAAACUGGAUUCCAACAGCGGAUCGUGAUAUCACAGUCUCGAUCGUCGUGUAAACGAGACGUCCCAUUCGCUGGCGACGUUCAUCCGGGAGACACGCGACAGGAUGGUCUAUCGGAUCGCUCGCGCGAUCGGGAAGAUCGGUGUAUUACCGCUUAAUGAGCGCGGAUGAGAGACCAGGAAGAGAUACCGCGAAGGUCGUCGUCGUCAUCGUCGUUCGUUCCUUUUUUUCUUUUUUUUUUAUCAGCGCUCGAAUCACGACGCGUAUUGUAAGCGUCGGGCCACUUUUGGCGGAUGGAAGCUGAGGCGACAAAAGAAGCGACAAUGAAAAUGAAAACAAAAGCACGUUUAACGAGAUAAUACUCUGGCUAGCAGCUCGUCGAACUCGGCUAAGUUCUCGAGUUCUCAUUGGAGUCUUCAUUACGCGAAUGCGAUCUUUCUCUCUCGAGAGAGAAAGAGAGCUAUCAAACGACCAUCCGCGUCCCGGCGAAUCGCAGCCGAAUCAAGUUGCGAACGAUUUAUGUUUCUACGCGGAAAGCCAUUACGGCCGAUUUACGCGGCACCGAUUAACACGGUAGUUCUCGCGCACCCGUUAGCCCGCGAAUCGCGGGAAUUAUCUCUGGGUCAAGCGUAAUUGCGGUUCGAUUUAUAUACGACGACGAGUCACAAAUUCUCGCCGAUCCCGACAACAAGCUGAUCGCGGCGCGGCCGGAUUACGGCUCGCGACAGCCUGCAGUAUUUCGUUCUUCUUUUUUUCCUGCUGUAAAUAAUUUCUCCCGAGUCUUGCGUGUAUGCUCAAUAGCAGGAUUUACGGGUCAGCGAUUGAUCGGUACAUAGUCCAUCGCCCAUAGUCUGUGACACUGCGAGCGAAAGUGGCAACGAAUCGGCGAAUGUGUCGCGGUUAAGUGUAAUCUACAAUGUGCUUCCUGCUUCUUGUUCAUUGUUCUCUUGUUCACUAUGUGCUCUUUUCUUUCUGUUUCUUGUUCUCUGUCCUUUACUGGCUUAAGAUUUGAGUUAAAAAGAGAUGAAGAGAAAGAAACGGGAAGCAGAGAACACAUUGCAGAUCAAGCUUUACAGUCGAGAGGUAUAUCGCUUGAUGGUCGAUGAAAAUUUGACGAAACGAUUUAGUUAGUUUUCUGUUUGUUAAACUAAGAUGCAAGGGAGUUGUGUCGUUGUGUCGUAACCGGGCAACAGAGUUGCACUGAGUCGCGCUACGGCGCGAGAGCAUAUUUUCGCGUCUGUGCGACAAGAAGAUUCAGGAUGCAGGAUUUCGCCUUCUGAACGCGCAACUGUUGCAGAAUAUUCGGUUGGAAAUGAUAGUUGAGAAGCGUUGCCAUACCGUUCCGACGACUGAAACGCUGUGUGUUUAGAAUAUAAAUACUGUUAUUAAUUAAGACUACUCUUUUAGUGAAUCCUCCGCGCGAGGUCGCAAGGUAGCCUACAUCAGUCGUAGAUUUAUGUGAAACGGAAGCCAGAAACUGUCCGAAUUGCCCGUUAUCGCUGCGUGAUAAGCGAGAAAAUAAUUGGAAUCACAGGAAAGCCGAGUGAUAAAAGACUAUUACAAGUUUGGUUUCAUAACGCAUUUCAGCAUCUCUGAAGUGUUUCUCUUGUAUCUUUAAGACUUAAAUUAAUAUUUGUAUAUAUAUAUAUAUUUUUUUUAACAUACAACAUGUUUCUAAAUCCUAUUAAUUAAAUUUCAAUACUCCAUAUAGCAUAUUUAAUAAAAAUUAUUAUAAGAUUAAUUUAUAAAGUAUUUAAUAAAAAUUAUUAUACUUUGGUUAUCUUAUAAUAAUCUUUAUUAAACGGGAAAAUUUUGAAUACACAAGUGUUGUGUUAAUAGAAAUUGGCAAUAGCGUCAAUUUGAACAAAUCUUCCUUCAACAGCAAUUCUAGUAAAAUUAAUUUUGAGUCAUUGAAACAAUAUAUGAUGUAUUGGUUUCGUAUGGAAUUGCUGUUGAAUCAAGAAGAUUUACUCCAAUUUCGAAUUUUGGCAAUUUUUACCGAAACAUUUUUUUGCGUAUUGUUUUUUCCUCGUUCUUUUCUCUUUUUUUCCUUUCUGUUUCGCCAAAUCUGAAAUCAGCCGCAUUGCGACUUUGGGGAGAGAGUUCUUUCUUCUGCUUAUGGUGAACCUCGAUCGCUUUCUGCACGACGAUGAUCGACAGUUUUUUCGAGACUCGAUUACAGCGUCGCUUCCAGAAGCGAGAAGGCGAUUCACGUUACACCAUGAGUUAUAUUGAUAUAACGGGGACCAUUGUAGAUAAGAGCGGAUUGUUGCGCGUGACGUUGUCGAUUUUAAAAGCGCAAAGUCAAGGCAAUACUGCAUCGUGCGGAUGCGGGGAAGCGCGUCAACUUUCGAACGGAAACACCAGCGAGUGUUGGCGAAAUGGUGCCUUUGUUUUUAGCUGAUGUAUAUCCUAAUACUUAGCGUUACAUGUGAUCCUUACUCGCGCCUUUCGCUACUAUUUAUAAAGUAUAUGGAUUUCUGCGAAUUGGUCGGCAAGACCAAGAAAAUUCGACUGAAUAUCUUGCGUGAGCCAGUUACUCGUGGUUGUUUCGUGAGACGAGGCGUUUCUAUUCGACUCUACGAUCUUCCGGCAACGUGAGGGAGAGCGUGAAAGCGUUUUCGUCUAUUUGUACAUAUCAUUAAAUUCCUAUGUAACUAUUAACUUUAAACUCCGUUGCGAAGAUAAUAAACGACUGCACGAGGAAAAUGUAAA